UCAAAGCUUAUGAUACGGCACCCGUUUCAACAAAACUCAAUCACUCCCAAAUCACAGAGCACAUCCGCCUGAAAAUCGCGGAGCCCAUCCACCUGAAAACCAUCGGCUCAUCGUGAACCCAUCAGCCCUACCAGAUCAGGUCCAAGGCGGCGGCGGCACGGCGGCGGGAUUGUGAUAUUAGUAAAUUCUUGGAAUGCAAUUCUUUGGGGGUUCAGAGAUCAGUCCAUCGCCGCCAGCACCGACGGCAUCUGGGAACAAUGCGCACAUGAUGUAUGUGUUCAAUAGGAAUGGGGUGUGCUUGCUUUACAGAGAGUGGAAUCGACCACUUCACACCCUCAAUGCACAGCAAGAUCACAAGCUCAUGUUUGGUUUGCUUUUUUCGCUCAAGUCCUUAACUGCCAAGAUGGAUCCAACUAAUGCAGAGAGAGGAAACCUUGGGGUGCCUCAAUUACCCGGCCAAGGUUGCUCAUUUCACAGCUUUCGUACUAACACAUACAAACUUAGUUUCAUGGAAAGUCCUUCUGGGAUAAAGAUUAUUUUGGUUACUCAUCCUAGGACAGGUGAUUUGCGGGAAUCCCUGAAGUACAUUUACAACUUGUAUGUUGAUUAUGUUGCCAAAAACCCAUUGUAUACUCCAGGAACUCCAAUCAGGUGUGAACUAUUCAAUACAAAUCUUGACCAAUACGUAAGGAGCAUUGCUUAGAACAAUCCCCAUCUGUCCAUACCUGGGUGCAGAUGGAGAAGGUUUCUCUUCAUAUAGAUGCUCUUCUACUUCAUUUUCGGCCUACGUGCUCAGCCUGGCCCCAAGGAUUCUCAAUUAUUUAUCGGAUGUUUUGUGCCAACUUUAUAUAUAGAUUGUCACUAUGGCCUAUGGGAGACGAUCUGUCAUUCUAAUAGGUGAACUUUGGGCUUAUUCUUUACCUAGGUUUUAUCCAUUAAAGAUUCAUGUUCAUUAUGGAAGAUGUUGGAUGCAAACAUAAUUUAGUUGGGGUUUAGACUAUUUCUAUACCAUUUGAUUGUGGUACAAAUUCUUUUAAAUGCCUUUAGGAUGUGUUGUGUUGUGUUUGUUACGCAGGAAUUCAUGAUGAGAAUUGAUAAUUUCUGAGAUUCAUAAGAAAAUGGUUUUUAUCUAUUUAA